UAGGAGGAGAGGGUAAUAUUGAGCUCUGCGUUCAAUACUUUCAAGAAUUUCACUUCAAUAAAGAGAUCAUCAUUCUAAGAAUUACAAUCCCACCCACAAGCUGGAACGAUAUAACAAAAACUGCAGAAACAAACACUAUUUCAGGAGACUAAAUAAAACUGUUAACAUAGUGUGGAAUAUUGCUUUUCUGGGGGAUUAAGAGCGUACAAAUUAAGAGAAAACAUUCUUCUAUUUUUCUUCCCAUUCUUAACGUUUGGGAAACUGUUGUUGUCCCUUAACAUCUUAGAAGGUAAGCCAGACGGAUUGCAGAAUCAUUAAGGGAAAGAAACUUAACACGGUGCAUGAUUCUAUGAAAUGCAUACGUAUCAAUAAUGAAUAGAUUUCACAAGAGAAGUCUGCUGAGGAAUAAAAUACUGUGAAUUAAGAGCAUAUGAUGAAGUGUAAACAAUAAAGCCUAUGGGUAAGAUUGAUGGAUGCAAAGAUACUGGGUCUUGAUAAGAGCAAUGACAAAGAUGUCAUUUGCCAAAUGUACUGUGACCGCACAGGGUGGGCCCAGCCUACGAGAGGCUGUGCAGGUUGAUAAGUGGGAAACUUUUCCUGUGAAAAGCACCCAUUGUAAAUAUCUGGCGGGACAGGAAAGAAUCAUGAAGUGUAUGUGAACCUGUGUGUGUGAGUGCCAGCAACGUGUGGGGACAGGUAGAUAGGGAGGUGGAUGAUGACAGAUAAUAGAUGAUAGAUAACAGAUAAAUAGAUCAGGAUACUUAGGAAGAAGCAUUCAGGAAAAAAAGGAUGCAAAAGACUCUCUUGAAUGUAGAACAGAUUACACGAAACUGUGAAGAUCUCGGGUGGGGAUUUUGUGAUAUACAGACAAGAACACUGGUCUACCUUGCAAAGACCUUGGAUCUCAUGCUCUCUCCCCAGACCCAGCUGCGAGACAAGAGCUAGCCCUCAGGCUCCCAGGUUUCAGCACCCUCCUUUGCAAAGUGUGUGUCCAGUCAGACAGUUCUGACAAUCUUUUCCACUCUAACAUUCUAUGACUCAACAGUAGUAAUGCAUUUCCACAGGCGGUAAAAAUAUUCUAGACUCUUCCCUUCCAGCACUUACUGUUUACUUCCUCUGCACUUCCCUUUCCGGCCUCCCUGUGUGCUGGUCAGUUCAUAGCUGGCCUCGGUGACAGUGUGUUAACCCUGUCAUUCCAGGGUGUUUGACUACUGAGCUCCCUCCAGGGGCUGGGAAUGCUACAGUGAAGGCUUUGGCUGGGAUUCAGUUUCAUUCUUAAAACAUUCCUUGAGCCUUCACUCUAUUCUGUGCACUGUGCCAGAUUACCAGGGAUUGGGAGGCAGUAGCAGAGUCCCAUGGUAGCCAGGUGGGUGAAGGGGAGCGAAAACGUUUCUACCUGCCUUGAAGAAGACACCUGCUGACCUGCCAAGUGACCCUGAGGCUUUUGAUGGAUCCCAUCCAUGUCAGCAUGUCCAGUGCCCCCCUGGUGAAGCACACGGCUGCAGGGGCUGGACUCAAGUCCACCAGACCCCGAGUCAUGUCCAAGAGUGGGCACAGCAAUGUGCGGAUCGACAAGGUGGAUGGCAUCUACCUGCUCUACCUGCAGGACCUGUGGACCACUGUCAUCGACAUGAAGUGGCGGUACAAACUCACCCUGUUUGCCGCCACGUUCGUCAUGACCUGGUUCCUUUUUGGAGUCAUCUACUAUGCCAUCGCAUUCAUUCACGGGGACUUAGAGCCCAGUGAGCCUAUCUCAAACCACACCCCCUGCAUCAUGAAAGUGGACUCUCUCACGGGGGCAUUUCUCUUCUCCCUGGAGUCCCAGACCACCAUCGGCUACGGCGUCCGCUCCAUCACCGAGGAGUGCCCUCAUGCCAUCUUCCUCUUGGUUGCUCAACUGGUCAUCACCACCUUGAUCGAGAUCUUCAUCACGGGCACUUUUUUGGCCAAAAUUGCGAGACCCAAGAAACGGGCCGAGACCAUCAAGUUCAGCCACUGUGCGGUCAUCACCAAGCAGAAUGGGAAGCUGUGCCUGGUGAUCCAGGUGGCCAACAUGAGGAAGAGCCUCCUGAUCCAAUGCCAGCUGUCUGGAAAGCUCCUGCAGACCCACAUCACCAAGGAGGGGGAGAGGAUCCUGCUCAACCAGGCCACCGUCAAAUUCCACGUGGACUCAUCCUCGGAGAGCCCCUUCCUCAUUCUGCCCAUGACGUUCUACCAUGUGCUGGAUGAGACCAGCCCCCUGAGAGACCUCACACCCCAGAACCUAAAGGAGAAGGAGUUUGAACUCGUGGUUCUCCUCAAUGCCACUGUGGAGUCCACCAGCGCUGUCUGCCAGAGCCGGACAUCUUAUGUCCCAGAGGAGAUCUACUGGGGUUUCGAGUUUGUGCCUGUGGUUUCUCUCUCCAAAAAUGGAAAGUACGUUGCUGAUUUCAGUCAGUUUGAGCAGAUCCGGAAGAGCCCAGAUUGUACCUUUUACUGUGCAGAUUCUGAGAAGCAGAAACUUGAGGAGAAGUACAGGCAGGAGGACCAGAGGGACAGAGAGUUGAGGACACUUUUGUUACAACAGAGCAACGUCUGACCACAGGUGUCGUCACAGUUUACGUCUACAUGCCAUUUCCACAUCAGAACUCCCUCCCAACACAAAGGUUGCUGUGAAAAUGAAAAUGUGUAGACACACUCUGAAAAACUGGACGGACACACAAAAACCAUCUCUUCCUUUGAUCUGGUGUCUAAACAAGCAUUUCCAUGUUUGAGAGAGUUCUUUGCAAGGGCUUCAUCUCAAAACUCAACUUUUCUAAAAUGGGGCUACAUUUCAAAGAACUUGGUAUAAGGCAGUUGGAAUAAUGUCCUGUUGGAUAAACAGACAUUUAGCAAGGUUGAUAUGGAAAGUAAAUGCAUUUCUGGACAAGUACAUGAGAAAUAAUAUAAGGUAUUUAUUUAAUCAAUGUGGUUGAUUGAAAUGUGGUUCGGCAUCAACUUAUAUCAUUGUUUAAAAACAUACUCUCUCUGUCCAAGCAGGGAAAAUUUUAUAUAUAAUGAUGGCUCUCUGAUUAUACCUAAAAAGAAACAGGGUAUUACUAAUAAAACAAAGUCAUUCCA